AUGAUAAGUGAAAAACAAGAAAAUAAUUCUCUUAAAAGGAUCAAUAAGGAGUACAAUGACCUCCAAAGAAAUCCUCCUUUUGGAUGCUCAGCCGCUCCUGUAGAUGAAGAUAAUAUGUAUGAAUGGUUAGGCUUCAUUUUUGGACCUGAUGGUACUCCUUAUGAGGGAGGGACUUUUCAAGUUAGUAUAACUUACCCAAAGGAUUAUCCAUUCAAACCUCCAGUUGUUAAAUUUAUAACAAAGAUAUAUCACCCAAAUGUUGACUCUGAUGGAUUAAUCGGCCUAGAUAUCUUAAGGGACCAAUGGAAUCCCUCAUUAACGAUUGAUAAAAUCCUACUGUCUAUAUGUUCCCUUCUCGAUGACCCAAACCCAAUACUAUGCUUUAACCAUGAAAUUGGGCACCAAUACCUCGAAGACAGAGUAUCUUAUGACAUAAAAGCCCGUGAAUGGACAAUCAAUUACGCUUCCUAACACCCCAAGCCCCAUAAUAUAUCUAAACUCC